AUGCUCUUCUCAAUUGACACACUUAAGGCGUACGCGCAGUCAAAGGGCAUUCCAGAAAUAGAAGAUGAAGACUUGAAGAUUCUUGCACAAGAUCUGGAAUACCGCCUGAAGGAGCUCGCACAGGAGGCCGCCAAAUUUAUGCUGGCUUCAAAAAGAUCUAAGCUGUCCAUUGAAGAUGUAAACUAUGCGCUUCUCUCCAAAGAGGUGAAUCCGCUGCUGGGAUACAACACCAGCAACUCGCUCAUGUUUAAGACAAUUCCCGGGUCAAAUCUUUACUACGUGCCGGACGAAGAUCUGGACCUGGAGGGGAUACUGAACUCUCCUCUGCCCAAGAUACCAAACAAGCCCGUCAUAUCCAAGCACUGGCUGGCGAUAGAGGGCGUCCAGCCGCAGAUACCGCAAAACCCGCUUCCCAUGGAAAAGAUGCCGGAGACAAAAAAAGAAGACACUUUGGCUGCCAUGAAGGAAGACAUCGAAAUACGAAACCACAUGAAGCAUCUUCUGUCAAAGGAGCUGCAGCUGUACUAUGAAAAGAUAGUGAGUUUUAUAAAAGAGAAAGAAACAGUUUCUGUGGCUGCAGAGUGCCUCAAGAACGAGAGCGGAAUACAGCAGCUGAUUCCCUACUUCGUGCACUUCUUCAACGAGGAGAUCCUCAAAAACCUCCGAAAUGGGGAGUACCUAGUGAGCAUCAUAACGGUGUAUGAGAGCCUUAUUAUGAACAAGCUGAUAUUUAUAGAACCAUACAUGCACCAGAUGCUGCCCUCCUUGCUUACUUGCGUUGUUGGAAAAAGCAUAGGGAUGGACGGAAAGGAAAAGGACGCCUGCGGGGAGGACUCCCCCCGGCUGGUUGCCCGGAGAAGGGCCUCUGCCACGAUAAAGCACAUUUACGACGUCUACUCUCUGUCCUACACCACGCUGGCGCCGCGGGUUCUUAAUACGCUGCUGAAGACGUGGGCGGACUCUAACAAGACGCCCGAGUCGCACUAUGGCGCAAUAUAUUGCAUGUGCAACUUGGGGGAAAAGGUGGUGGAAGGCGUUGUGCUGCCCUUCAAGAAGGAGUACCUCGAAAAAAUAGACCCCGAGGCAUACGCCCUGCCUAUCUCCGUGCUGAAAAAAUACACUGAGAGGCCGCAGAACUGA